CGCGCGCAGCGCAGCUCGGGAGCGGGACGCGGCGCUCGAAGCCCCGGCAGCGCCCGCCCUCCCUUCCGUGUUGCCUGCCCGCGCGCCAGCGCCCGCUCCGCCCGUGACUUCACUUCGGCUCCACCCCCGCGUGGCAGCGGCUCGCUCCGUCCGGACCCGCGCUCGGCACCAGCCCAGCCCGGGCAAGCGGCGGCCGCCACCUGCCCCGAACCGCCUCUGCCCGCCCCCACCGCGGCCCAACUUGGAUGGAGUUGGGGUCCUGAGCUCCUGCUCCUCGUAGCCGGCCAGCGGAGAGCCCCGCGCCGCCACCUCCGGUCCGGGACCCCCCUCUCCGCUCCUCUCCGCUCCCGCAAUGGGAAAAGUUGGCGCCGGCGGCGGCUCCCCAGCCGGGCUGAGCGCUCUCCUCGCCGGCGCGGGGCUCUUAGUCCUCUGCGCCCCGGGCGCCUGCGGCGGCGGCUCCUGUGGUCCCCUGCUGCACCCCAGCUCGGCCCCACGCUGGUCUCCGACCCGAGGGGGGCUUAAUCACCUGGGGCCGCGAGGCAGGGCUCCUGCCACGCCCCUGCUCGGACGCCCCCUGUUUGCAGUGGCCCCCGGAGACCGAGCGCUGUCCCUGGAGCGGGCCCCGGGCACUGGGGCAUCGGUGGCGAUUGCUCCACGCUCUGGCCGGAGGAGACGUAGUGGAGAGAAUCAAGAGAAGGCGGAACGGGGAGAGGGCACGAGAAGACGCCCCCGGGGAGUGCUAAGGGACAGAGGGCAGCAGGAGCCUGGGACUCCGGAGCGGGACCCGGACAAAGCCACUCGCUUCCGGCUGGAGGAGCUGAAACUAACCAGCACUACGUUCGCGCUGACAGGCGACUCAGCACACAACCAAGCCAUGGUCCACUGGUCUGGCCACAACAGCAGCGUGAUUCUCAUUUUGACAAAGCUCUACGACUAUAACCUGGGGAGCAUCACGGAGAGCUCGCUGUGGAGGUCAACCGAUUAUGGGGCAACCUAUGAGAAGCUGAAUGAUAAAGUUGGGUUGAAAACAAUUUUAAGCUAUCUCUACGUGUGUCCUACCAACAAGCGUAAGAUUAUGUUGCUCACAGACCCGGAGAUUGAGAGCAGCUUACUGAUCAGCUCGGACGAAGGGGCAACCUAUCAAAAGUACCGGCUGAACUUUUACAUCCAGAGCUUACUUUUCCACCCCAAGCAAGAGGACUGGAUUCUGGCAUACAGCCAAGACCAAAAGUUAUACAGCUCUGCUGAAUUUGGGAGAAGGUGGCAGCUUAUCCAGGAAGGGGUCAUACCGAACAGAUUCUACUGGUCUGUGAUGGGGUCGAACAAGGAACCAGAUCUUGUGCAUCUCGAGGCCAGAACUGUGGAUGGUCAUUCACAAUACCUAACCUGCCGAAUGCAGAACUGCACAGAGGCCAGCAGAAACAGACCUUUCCCAGGCUACAUUGACCCAGACUCUUUGAUUGUCCAGGAUGAUUAUGUGUUUGUUCAGCUGACAUCAGGAGGACGGCCACACUACUACGUUUCCUACCGAAAGAAUGCGUUUGCCCAAAUGAAGCUGCCCAAAUAUGCUUUGCCCAAGGACAUGCAUGUCAUCAGCACUGAUGAGAACCAAGUGUUCGCAGCAGUCCAAGAAUGGAACCAAAACGACACAUACAACCUCUACAUCUCAGACACCCGUGGUGUCUACUUCACUCUGGCCUUGGAGAAUGUCCAGAGCAGCACAGGCCCUGAGGGCAACGUCAUGAUCGAUCUCUAUGAGGUAGCAGGGAUAAAGGGAAUGUUCUUGGCUAACAAGAAGAUUGACAACCAAGUGAAGACUUUCAUCACAUACAACAAAGGCAGAGACUGGCAUUUGCUGCAGGCCCCGGACACGGACCUAAGGGGAGACCCUGUGCACUGCUUGCUGCCCUAUUGCUCACUACACCUUCACCUUAAGGUCUCUGAGAAUCCCUACACAUCAGGGAUCAUUGCCAGCCGAGACACAGCUCCCAGCAUCAUAGUGGCUUCAGGUAACAUAGGUGCUGAGCUGUCAGACAGCGACAUCAGCAUGUUUGUCUCUUCAGAUGCAGGGAACACUUGGAGGCAGAUCUUUGAAGAAGAGCACAGUGUUUUGUAUCUGGAUCAAGGUGGAGUCCUGGUUGCUAUGAAGCACACAUCUCUCCCGAUUCGACAUCUCUGGUUAAGUUUUGAUGAAGGGAGAUCUUGGAGCAAAUACAGUUUCACCUCUAUUCCACUUUUUGUGGAUGGAGUUCUGGGUGAGCCUGGGGAAGAGACUCUAAUCAUGACAGUGUUUGGACACUUCAGCCACCGCUCUGAAUGGCAGCUGGUCAAAGUGGACUACAAGUCCAUUUUCGAUAGACGCUGUGCUGAGGAGGACUACAGACCCUGGCAGCUGCACAGCCAGGGGGAAGCAUGCAUCAUGGGAGCAAAAAGGAUAUAUAAGAAGAGAAAAUCAGAGCGGAAAUGUAUGCAAGGGAAAUAUGCAGGAGCUAUGGAGUCUGAACCCUGUGUCUGCACAGAGGCUGAUUUUGACUGUGACUAUGGUUAUGAGCGACACAGCAAUGGUCAGUGCCUGCCAGCCUUUUGGUUCAAUCCAUCUUCUCUGUCGAAGGACUGCAGCUUGGGACAGAGUUACCUCAAUAGUACCGGGUAUAGAAAGGUGGUUUCCAAUAACUGCACUGAUGGGGUGAGAGAACAGUACACGGCCAAACCACAGAAGUGCCCAGGGAAGGCCCCGCGGGGGCUCCGGAUCGUCACCGCUGAUGGAAAGCUGACAGCGGAACAAGGGCACAAUGUUACUCUCGUGGUGCAGCUGGAAGAGGGUGACGUCCAGAGGACAUUCAUCCAAGUGGACUUCGGGGAUGGCAUCGCAGUGUCUUAUGUCAACCUCAGCUCCAUGGAAGAUGGGAUCAAACACGUCUAUCACAAUGUGGGCAUUUUCCGAGUGACCGUGCAGGUGGACAACAGUCUGGGGUCUGACAGCGCCGUCCUGUACUUACAUGUAACUUGUCCCCUGGAGCAUGUACACCUGUCUCUUCCCUUCGUCACCACGAAGAACAAAGAGGUCAACGCGACUGCUGUGCUGUGGCCCAGCCACGUGGGCACGCUCACUUACGUGUGGUGGUACGGAAAUAACACCGAGCCCCUGAUCACCUUGGAGGGAAGCAUAUCAUUCAAGUUUACUUCCGAAGGGAUGAACACCAUCACAGUGCAAGUCUCAGCUGGGAAUGCCAUCCUGCAGGACACGAAGACCAUCGCAGUAUAUGAGGAAUUCCGAUCUCUUCGCCUGUCCUUUUCCCCAAACCUGGACGACUACAACCCGGACAUCCCUGAGUGGAGGAGAGACAUCAGCCGAGUCAUCAAAAAGUCCCUGGUGGAGGCCACCGGGGUUCUGGGCCAGCACAUCUUGGUGGCGGUUCUCCCUGGCUUACCCACCGCUGCCGAGCUCUUUGUCUUGCCCUAUCAGGAUCCCACAGGAGAAAACAAAAGGUCAGCCGAGGACCUGGAGCAGGUAUCAGAACUACUGAUUCACAAGCUCAACCUGAACUCUGUGCACUUUGAGCUGAAGCCUGGAGUCCAAGUGCUUGUCCACGUGGCUCACUUAACAGCAGCCCCGCUGGUGGACCUCACUCCAACCCAUAGUGGCUCCGCCAUGCUGAUGCUGCUGUCUGUGGUGUUUGUGGGGCUGGCAGUGUUCGUCAUCUACAAGUUCAAAAGGAAGAUCCCGGGGAUUAAUGUUUAUGCCCAGAUGCAGAAUGAGAAAGAACGAGAGAUGGUCAGUCAAGUCAGUCACCCUGAAAGCAGGCCCCAUAUCCCUCAGACUGAACUCAGGCGGCCUGGCCAGCUGAUAGAUGAGAAGGUGGAGUCCCAGCUCAUAGGAGAGUAGCUUUACCCUCCCCUUCCUCCCCUUCUACUCAACCUGGUGACUCAUCUCUCCGAUUGCAAAGAGCAAGACACGCCACUCCACCUUCAACGCCAAAGCGGGGACCUGCCGGGGCUCAAUUUGCCAUUUAAGGAAAACCCCCAAAGGCUACAGGCGACCUGCUGAUCGGGAAGGAAUUUCGCUCUUGUCAAGUGCAGCCUUCUCCAUGACCACUAACUUUGUGUUUUUUUUCUUUGUUGUUCUGUUUCCUAUUUUGCCAGGAAGUAUUUCCAUAAUUGCUGAGAAUCAAAGCACAAAAGAAAUCCCUACCUAUGUAAAUGUUUGACUGGAGGACGCCAGUAAAAACAAAAACAAAUAAAAUAAAAACAAUCAAAAUGUAAACAAACAAACAAACAAACAAACACUCACUGCAUCGGGACUUUUUAAUUCUUCAGACACAGACAACAAGGGUUUUUAGCUUUAAGCCUGUGCAUGUGGACAGUACCUUGAGAACAUGCUUGGAGGGGCAGUGUACAGGUGCUCUAUUUUAAUGGAAAAAGCACUCCCCUCCCCCUUUCUUCUCCUCUCUCUUUUUUCUGAUUGGUUGUGUUUGUAGAAAAUUCCUAACAUAUAUAGGCCAAGGAAAUCUGCAUGUACUUUUGGAAAUAUUCUUGGCUCUAGACUUAACAGCUAUUUUAGCACUACAGGCUGAUGGGUGGAUUAGCUACCCCAGCCCUUUUCACAAGACACAAAGACAUGCACAGGAGUUUGAAACCCUGGGCUGUUUCUCUGUUCCACUUUACUUGUUGCCAUUUUUCCCUUCUAAGUUAUCUUCAGGAGCUCUGUUGGCCGGCAGGGGCCACAGGUUGCCUUCUCCAAUCUGUACGGCCACAGGGACCAAGAAGCAAGUUCAAGUUCCAUAGAUGCAGGCAGGAUAGGGAAAGAAGGAAGGCAGUCGGGCAGGAGUGUCAAAAGUGGACCUGUGUUUCCUGUCUCCCCCUUCCCAUCACGACAGCUUCCCCUUGUAGCUUUCCCUACUCCUGCUCUGUGUAGAAAACAGAAUCCGUUACCCGCAUUCUUACCUUCCCAUUUGUUUGCUCUCCACGUGUGGUCAUGAUCUGUCAAUGUCUUUGUGUCUCUUCCUUCCAGUCCCCAAGUUAUCCUUCAACUGCUCCUGCCUUUUCUUCCCAAACAUGUUGCUAGAUUCUGGGCAUUCAUCCUGAUGUUCUUUAAAUACUGGCCUCGCCUCUGGCAACCCUGCCUCCACCACCCAAAGCUAAUGAUCUCUCUGUCAACUUUGCACACGCCCAUGCAUGCAGCCUCCAUACACACUGACCAAGCAGCAUCCUGCCCUGCAGGGUUUAGUUUCAUGUAUUUUUUUUUUUUUUUUUUUUGUAUCCUCCUGUAGACCUGCCUCUUCCAAAUAUCCUUGCCUUUCCCCCCUGGAAACAUAUAAUGUGUGUGAAAGAGUUGAGAUAUGCAAAGCAAUUCAAACCUGGCCCAUGUACCUUAGAAAAGAAAGCAUACAGAUGAAUAGUGGUUUUGUCACACCUUAACAAAAAUCUCCUGCAGUCAGAUUCCAGAAGAUUCCUGUGAGAAAUGUUUUGAAUGUGUUACUAUGUGGCAGGGCAAUUUCCUCCUGUGAUGGUCGCUAUUACCCAGUAUUUCCCCUCUCACAGUAGAGUGAAAAUAUUUGUAAAAUGAAACCGAUGUUAAGCCGAAGAAGAAGCAAGUUAAUGGAUUUGAUGUUUGAGUGUCAAAAAGUCUUGAGAAUAUAUGGAGGUCUUGUCUUAUAUUAGGAUGGGAUUGUGAUUAUGUAAGAUGACCCUAGACUUCUUACAUGUGUGCUCUCUGAUCUCUGAGCAUAUUAUCAGCAAAGGAAAAUUUAAUAAGCAUAAAGGGGAAGAGUUAUCAGACUCAAGCAGAUUGGCUCAAAGCAUGAAGAAAUCCCAGUUCUCUCAGGGCCAUCAUGAAAGAAGGUCCAGAGAAAAAGGGAAAUAAAAGUAUGUGCAGCAGGAGCCCUUGGAGUAUUGUGGAUUGGAUAAAGCCCACUCUGAAAUGUAGGAGAAAGUGGUUUCAAAAGACCACUCAGAGUGUAGCCUCCUACUUGGCCAUGUCCCUAGGCCAGCAUCAGGGUAUAACAGGGCCCUGGGGACAAUGGGGGUGCCCUAAAGAUCCUGACAACCACUGCCCUUGUGUAGCUCAAGUAGGGGAAGUGUAGCAACACUUCAGUCAGAAGUUAAUCAAGCAGAAGAUUUUAUGGUUGAAGAUGCUCGGUAUGAAUCUGGGAAACGUAUGAUGCCUAAGGCAGCCGUCUAUUUGUAGAACUCAAAUGAUCCCCAACCUGCCAGGCUUCCUAUCCCAUAGGAAACAUCCUCAUUGAAUCUCUUCAGUUGGAGCCUCCCAAAUUUAAUCUGGAAAACAGAGUGUUUGGAAACCAAAAGAGGCUCAUUCACAACAGUACAGGGAGUCCUCAGAGUUGCAGUUCAAUCAUUUUCAUUGCUAAACUAUGAAAAAGGGAAUAACACUCAAUCUAGCACAGUGCCUUGCCUAGAGUAGGUAUUAAGAAAGUUAUUUGUUGAAAGAAUAAAUGAAUGAAUACAUGAGAAGACACAGAGAAGAAGGGCUUGUAAGUCCUAACCUAAAAUAGAGGUGGACGUGAGAUGCCUGGCGUUUUGGAAAGUGGUCAGAGAUGGCUGGUUCUAGAUUCAGCAUCUCCAGGGUCCUCAUGUGCCUCUCCUCAGAGCUCCCUCCCACCUGUAGGAGACGAGUGAGGCAAAGUACUGCUCAGAGGGGACCUUAUUGUUCUUAUGAUCUAGCUCCAUGUUUCUCAAAGCGUGGUACCCAGACCAACAAUAUCAGCAUCACCUCGGACUUGUUAGAAACACAGAUUUUGGGUCCCACUGACCCCAGACCUACUGAAUUAGAAACUCCAGGGUUGGGGCCCAGCAAUCUGUUUUUACAAGCUCUUCGGGUGAUUGUGAAAUACACUAAAGUUUGAGAACCACUGUACUAGGCCAUGCCAGCUCAAUCCCGAAGAGAAGGUAGUAAUGAGAAGCUGCCAAUGGGAGGGACCCAAGUGCCUACCUACUCAACAACAGCAGGUGCAGACACAAUGAGGAGUUUGGUAGGCUUGAGGCCAGAGGAAUGGGUGGGGAGGGAUGGAUGGGGAAGGUAAGAUUCAGGGCAAACUACAAAUCUGAUAUUACAAUGUUUUCCAAAAUCCCGGAAGGCAAACUGCAUGCUCUACCCUGAACUACCCAACCAACAUUUUCUCCUUUGCCUUAUUUUUAAUUGGAUUCACUGUCCAAAAUGCAGAGGUUUGCUUUGCUUUUUUUCAGAAGUUCCAAACAGCAACUUUGAGAGGAAUGGGGUGCUUGGCAGCUGUUCUGUGUUUUCCAGGAUUCCAACUGAGCAUUGAAAUUCCCUCAUUUGCCAACUUAUUUUUAUAGGAAGCCAAUUUAAAAAAAAAAAAAAAAAGAAAGUUUUCUUAUAGUAUUGAACUACUUCUAAUUUUAAAAUGACUUUUUUGAUGUAUUUUUUGUUAAAUACUA